GGGGACUUCAUGCGCCACGUGCAGGUGGAGGCGUCUCCAUCCUCAGAGCCAGAGGCUGGCCCUUCCCAGCCUCCUGUCAGGCAGGGGCCCCUCCAGGGUGGUUUGCUCAUGGGUUACAGCCCAGCAGGGGGGGCGGCGUCCCCCGGCGUCUACCAGGUAUCCAUCUUUGCCCCUCCGGCUGGUGCCUCUGAGCCUCACAGGACCCUGAAGCGGCCAGCCCCGCCCCCUGAGGGUACCCGGGAGCUGAAGAGAGGCCCUGGGCUGGGGGCCAGAGAGGGACCACCUCCAGAAGAACCAUCUACCGGGGGCCUGUUGGGCCCCGAGGGCCUGGGCCUGGGCCUGGGCCUGGCCAGCCAGCACUUCUGCCACCGCGGCCUCCGUGUUGUGGAGCAGGGAAGCAGCUCCAGCUCGCGUUGGACUUCAGGGCCCCCGAGCCCCCAGUGGCCCCCAUCAAAUGCUUCCUGCAAUACUUUGCACACCAGAGACUGGGUUGCUCCAGACCCAGGGGGCCAGGGGUGCCUGGGGGAGUCCCCAGGGCCAGCCCCUCCGGGCCACCCGCACACACUUGACACUGACUUGCACAGUCUUGCACAAACAGGGGCUAAGAGCCCAGUGGCUGGGGUCGACAAUGGGAGCAGCCCCUGGCCUAGGGAGUCCCCUGGCACUGCCAAUGGGCACAGUCCCGAGCACACCCCCCCUGGCCCCGGCCCUCCAGGCCCCUGCCCCACCAAGCGAAGGCUGCUUCCUGCUGGAGAAGCCCUGGGGGUCAACUCUGAGGAUGAGGGGCCAGCCCCUCGGAGGCGCCGGGGAGCCCUGGGCCACCCUCCUGCUGCCAACAGUUCUGAUGCCAAAGCCACACCCUUCUGGAGCCACCUGCUGCCUGGGCUCAAAGAGCCUGUGCUGGACCCAACAGACUGCAGUCCUAUGGGGCGGAGGCAGAAAGGUGCCCGUCGCCUCAAGCCGAGCUCCCUUCGAAGCCUCCGGAAGGGGCCAGGCAUGCUGAGCCCCCCCAGUGCCUCCCCUAUUCCUACCCCUGCUGUCAGCCGUACCCUGCUGGGCAACUUUGAGGAGUCACUGCUUCGAGGACGCUUCGCACCAUCUGGCCACAUCGAGGGCUUCACGGCAGAGAUUGGAGCUAGUGGCUCCUAUUGCCCCCAACAUGUCACUCUGCCUGUCACUGUCACCUCCUUUGAUGUUUCUGAGCAAAACGCCCCGGCCCCCUUCCUGGGCGUCGUGGACCUGAACCCCCUGGGGAGGAAGGGUUACAGCGUGCCCAAGGCGGGUACCAUCCAAGUGACCUUAUUUAACCCCAACCAGACCGUCGUGAAGAUGUUCCUUGUGACCUUUGACUUCUCUGACAUGCCUGCUGCCCACAUGACCUUCCUGCGCCAUCGCCUCUUUCUGGUGCCUGUGGGUGAGGAGGGAAAAGCUAGCCCCAGCCGCCGUCUCCUCUGUUACUUGCUGCACCUCCGGUUCCGGAGCUCCCGCUCAGGUCGCUUAAGCCUGCAUGGAGACAUCCGUCUUCUUUUUUCCCGUCGGAGCCUGGAGCUGGACACAGGGCUCCCCUAUGAACUGCAGGCCGUGACUGAAGCCCCUCACAAUCCACGUUAUUCACCUUUGCCCUGA